AAUAGUUUUGUGCCCUUCAAAAUGAGUUCACCUUUGUCAACACUGAAGAAAAUGAAGCGCACCCCUCUGCCGCAAUGGGAAAAACCUGAUAACCAUCCCAAGAGGAACCCAUUAAGAGAGUUUCAGGUAGCAGCUGAUCAUGGUUCCUCUAUUUCUGACCCAAACCCUCCAGGGACCCCCAACGCUCCUCAUAUCACCAAAAUGUCACAAAAGAAAGGCAGCCCAAGCAGCCCUGAACCAAGGUCUGCUGUGCUGCAGCAGCUGUCAUGUUUGGAGCAGAGAGUCAGGGCCCAAGCUGAAGAGAUUUGUCAAAAGGAUAAAAGGAUUUCCGCAUUAGAAGAAGCUCUGAGGGUGAAGAAAGAGAUUUUUGAAAGGAGAUACAUCAUGCUACAACGGCAAGUUAUUGAAAUGGAGAGCUUUCUUAUGGACUAUGACAUGAUCUGGGUUGGAUCUGAAAAUACAGACGCAAAAGAAUGUGAACAGGCCUACAACUUUAAGGGGCUAUGGACACCAUCAGGGGCCCCAGCAGACAGGCGGUUUCAUUUUAACUUUGACCUUGUCCUAGAGAAGAUACAAGAGCUUAACAUUCUGGCAGGGGAGGGUGAGACCUACAUCCAGACUACAACUACGGGUGCUCAGCUUGCACAACAGGAACCAGUCGAGCUUUGGCUUUAUCAGAAUGGCAUUGUGAUGUUUGACGGACCAUUUCGGACGUAUCGGGAGCAGAAAACCCAACAGUUUAUGCAGGAUCUGAUGGAUGGCUAUUUUCCAUCGGAGUUACAGGAAAGGUUUCCAGAUGGUGUGCCUUUUGAGGUCCACGACAGGAGGAAUGAGCAGUUUAUCCCCAAGCAACAGAAAAAAACAUUUCCUGGUCAUGGGCAUGUUAUUCGAAAAAACAAUGGAAAAAACUCAUUUAAUGCGGCACCUGAAGGCGGUAAAAAACUCGGUCAAGGAGAGAGGGCAGGGCAAGUGAUGACGAUCAGGGAGGGUUUGGAAGGAGCCCUGCAGGUGACCAGGAGCAAGCAGGGUUCCUCUGACGCCCACUACAGAAACUUGGUGACCUUUGUAGACACACCAGCCCUGCAGAGUUUUCAGGCAAAAUCCCAGUGUCGAGAAUCUAGUGUAAUAACUCUAAAGAUAAGGUCUGAAGAUGGUGAUCACAUAUACAUGCUGAAAAUGAACUGCUCAGAGACGAUUGGUCACGUUCGGCAGUAUCUGGACAAACACAGAGAAGGGGACAUGUCCAGCUAUGAUAUCGUCAGUGUGUCCCCACGCUGCUCUUUUGACGACGACAGUCAGACCAUUCGGGCUUGUGGACUCACAGCUAACACUUCUCUACUGUUACGCCCCAGACCAGCAACACCAGUAAUGAAACAGCAACAUGAAGUUUGCAAAAAUAUUUAAAUAAAUAAAAAAACAACAUUUGGAUUAACUGUUGAAAGUCUUUAUU